AUGCCGACGUGCGUAGAAUGCGGAGCAGCAGUGUCGUCGCUCUACACCGAAUACAGCAAAGGCAACAUCCGCCUCACCUACUGUGAGCACUGCAAGAAGUUGGCGGAUAAGUAUGUGGAACACGACUUUGUGAUCAUUUUUGUGGACAUGAUCUUGCACAAGAAGCCAGUGUACCGACAUCUGCUGUUUAAUCGGUUACCGUAUCGCGACCUUGGCGUCGAUCCAAAUGUGUUCAAGUUGGGGGUACUUUUAAUCUUAUUUGACGUCUAUAUCAAGUGGUUCAGGCUGGAGCAGGAGCGGACGGAAAUUGAAGUCGUCGGAUUCUCACAACACGCACUUGUCUUCCAGUACCUCUACAUCCUCUUCCUCUGCAUCAUCGAAUUCCUGGCGUUCCAUUUUGGAGUGCGCUUGAUUGUGAGUCUAUGGUAUGGCGGGCGGUACGCGAUUCUGAAGUACAACUAUAUCACGACAACGUUGAUCAUCUCGAGCUUUGGAAAGAUGCUGUUGAUCCUGAUGGUUAUUUGGGACUAUACCGAGUUGGAGCAUUCGUGGCAUCUGGUCAAUUUUAUAGUUUUUACUUCGAAUGUUGAGGCGCUUUCUGUCUUUUUGGAAACGGGGUAUCUACAGACGACGUUGGUGAUUAUAUUCGGGAUCCUGUGCAGAGUCCUGAUGCAGAUCGCGUUCGCGAGUAUCACGGGCGACUCGGCCCUUGUCACCAUGGCCAGUAUGUAG